UCCCGCCUCAGGCCGCUCCCGCCUGGGCUGGGCCCCGCCCGCCGCUCCGCCUCUGCUGGAGCCCUCCGAGCCGCCAGGGGGCGCGCUGAGCGCUGCUGGCUUCCGGCGCCUCCCGCCACCCUCCGCUCUUUUUCCGCGGCCGCCGCCGACAUGGGACGCGUCCGGACGAAGACGGUGAAGAAGGCGGCGCGGGUGAUCAUCGAGAAGUAUUACACACGCCUCGGGAAUGACUUCCACACCAACAAGCGCGUGUGCGAGGAGAUCGCCAUCAUCCCCAGCAAGAAGCUGCGCAACAAGAUUGCGGGGUAUGUCACCCACCUGAUGAAGCGAAUCCAGAGGGGCCCUGUCCGCGGCAUCUCCAUCAAACUGCAGGAGGAGGAGAGGGAGAGGAGGGACAACUACGUCCCCGAGGUCUCUGCCCUUGACCAGGAGAUCAUUGAAGUGGACCCGGACACCAAGGAAAUGCUGAAGCUCCUGGAUUUUGGCAGCCUGUCCAACCUGCAGGUGACACAGCCUACAGUGGGAAUGAACUUCAAGACGCCCCGGGGAGCGCUCUGAGUCUGUCCCUGUGUGUCGCUUUUCCAAUAAACGUGAGGAAACCAC